UCUGUGCGACGUGUAGGUACCCUAUGUUAAUUCCUAAGAAGAUUUGGCAUAGAUUGUAAACAUUUACAAAAUCAAGCUAUUUCCAGUGCAUCUUUAUUAUGUUAUAUAAGUACCUAUAUGUUAUAAUGUGAAAUUAUUGGAUCAGAAGUCAUUCCAGGCGUGGCUCACUCCGCGAUUUCGUCGCUUUGCUACAGGUAACAGGUAGCUAAAAGUACAUCCGUUCCACACCAAUUUUAGGAAAAGCCAUAAGCCGCGCGUGGCGCUGUCGCCACCUAGCGGCCAUAUCUGUGCUGAUCAUAACAGACGCGUUUUGUUAGAGAGUGAGUCUUCUGUACCUAGUACUUUUAUUCAUUCUGUGGUCAUUCGCAAACCCGCGUCAAAUCACUAGUAUGAGUCAAAAGCAGUUCCAGGCGGACGUUCCGAUAAAGACAAUAUUUUUUAUCAGACAAUAGUAUGUUUUUUAUUUAAGCGGAGAUCGCAGUAGUCUCAUAACUAUCUAAGGAACAUCAUGGCUGAAGAUACACCAGCUUCAAGAAGAGAUUCAGAAAAAGAAGCACGAAAAAGAGAUGGUUCUGGAUGGUAUAGAAAUGGAGCAAUGAAACCAGAUGAACCUGAAGAGACAGCAAUAGACCUCGAUUGGGUGCUUAUCAAUGAGCUGGGACAGUUUGGGCGGUUCCAAAUUAUUAAUGUCAUCCUAUUAGUCUUCCCCAUCAUCGCUCAUGCGUUUUUGAGCGAAUACGUCUUUUCCGCUUCCGCUGUUACGCAUAGGUGUAAGAUUCCUGAAUGCGGAGAGACUGGGGGAUCUGGUUACGAAUUGUUCCCAGAGUGGAUCUUGAACGCUGUUCCCAGCAGCAACGGACAACCAGAUAGUUGUUCGCGCUACGCGCCGGCGGGUAAUGGUUCGCUGGAGUACUGCCCAGUUACCGUGUUCGAUCAGGCCUUUACGCAGGAGUGCGAUGGAUUUGUGUACGAGAGAACUAAUUCAGUUGUGUAUGAGUUUGAUCUUGGCUGUCAAGAGUGGAUGCGGGCGCUAGCCGGAACAUUGAGCAGCAUUGGCACCUUACUCGUUCUCCCAAUCACAGGCUACAUAUCAGACAAAUAUGGAAGACGUGUGGCGCUCUGCAUCAACCUCUUUAACUUGGCGCUCUUUGGCCUCAUCAGAGCCUUUUCUGUGAACUACCCCAUGUAUCUCGUGCUACAGAUUUUGCAGACAACUCUUGGGGCUGGCACAUACAGCGCCGCUUUUAUUUUGGGGGCGGAACUGGUUGGCCCUAAAUACCGAGUGCUGACAGGUUCAACAUGCUUAUCAACCUUCGCUGUGGGCCACAUCACCAUGGCCGGAAUAGCCUGGCUUGUACAGCCAUGGCACUCUUUCAUCAUGACCCUGUACAUCCCUUGCUUUGUAAUGAUCGUUUAUUACUGGUGCAUCUCGGAAAGUGUUAGGUGGCUACUUUCCAAAGAAAGGUUUGACGAAGCUAAAGCUGUUUUGGAGAAAGUAGCAAGAGUAAACAAAACGAAGAUCAGCGAGAAAUCUAUGCAAGCUCUGUUGACGCCUGCGCCCGAAAAGGAGAAUCAGACUGACAACUCCAAUGGCUUGGUUUAUACUAUUUUCAAAUCGCCAAUACUUCUUCGACGUGUCUGCACUACACCAGUCUGGUGGAUCGCAACCACAUUUGUCUACUAUGGGUUAUCCAUUAACUCCACUGGGCUUCCCGGCAAUAUGUACGUGAACUACAUGCUGGUGGCUGCUGUAGAGAUUCCUGCCAUUUACACUGCUGUGCUGUUGCUGGAUCGUGUUGGCAGGAAGGCUGUUCUUACGACUGGGUUCUUACUCAGCGCUGCUUGCAACCUUGUAUUCGCUUUCAUUGACAAUAAUGAACUAGUGACAUUGGGUCUUAUACUAUUCCUGAUGGGCAAAUUUGGAAUCUCGGCAGUGUUUACGUCUCUAUACAUUUACACAUCUGAGCUGUACCCGACACAGUUCCGUCACACACUGUUGGGAUUCUCUUCAAUGGUUGGACGUAUUGGCUCAAUCACGGCUCCGCUUACUCCUGCUUUGGCGGUGUACUGGGCUGGAAUCCCAUCGGUGAUGUUUGGAGCCAUGGGUUUGUUGGCCAGUGUGCUGGUGCUCACACAGCCAGAAACCCUGGGCUGCAAAAUGCCGGACACGUUGGCUGAGGCAGAGGCUAUUGGCAGACAAAAGAAGAAGACAGUCACGAGUGCUCUCUAGAUCUAAAGUACCUUACCCCUUUCCGACGUAUUGGUAUGAUGGAAAGGGACAAACUAUUAUUAUCGGCUUGUCAAUUUUAGUAAACGUUUAUGAAUGAGGGGGUAAAUCUACAUAUGUGAUGGGAUACCCAGUAACAUUAAAAUAGAAAUUGAGGCUGUAGCUGUAGGCUCGAUGCUGUAGUCUACGCGUACAGCAUCGAGAAUAAUGGUAACAUUCCAUUUCUAAUCGCAGUAUAGGCCGCCAUUAAGUAAUUUUGAAUUAUUUGAAAACAUAAUGGAAUCUGCCCUACGUAAAAUAUCAUCUUCUAGUAAGAAAUUGCUUAUAUGCGGCGACUUUAAUGUAAAUAUUAUGGAAAAUUCAACAAUGUCUUGUAGAUUAUUGAAUCUUUUUAAAUCUUGUAAUCUCAACCACAUGUUUAUGGAGCCCACUAGAGUGACUGCUACUAGUGCAACCUGUAUAUAUAAUAUUUUCACAGAUAUUUUUCCUAUUGCUAAAAAAGUUAUCAGCAAUUUAGAAUCUGACCACUUAGGUCAAUUAAUGGUAUUUGAGGCAUUUAGGAAAAAUACCAUGAGAAAACAAAUAACUUUUGUACCAGUAACCUCGGACCGCGUGGAAAGAAUGAAGCUAAGUUUAGUUCAGGCGCUACCCUUUUUGUCUUCCGAUAUGAGUCCUAAUAGUAUGUAUAAUUCAUUCUUUCACACUUUUAUGAAUCAUUAUAAUGCGAUAUUCACCUCAAAAUCGGUCGUAGUUAGGGUGCAUCAGUUUUUAGUGAGUGGGCUACUGCGGACUUACAUCAAAGAAGACGUGAACUGUAUGCCUUAUAUGAGGAACGGCGGUUUAAUCAGAGUGAUGAAUUUAAAGAACAUGUGAAGGCGUAUUCGAAGAAGUUUAAAGUAGAUUGUCAUAUAGCUAAGCGAAAUUAUCUAAGUCAGAAAAUAAAAAGUAGUUCAGACAUUAUUAAAGCAACCUGGAAAGUAAUAAAUGUGGAGACUGGUCGUUCGAAACACACAAUUAAAGAACUUAAACUAAACAUUGAUAACAAAAUUAUAGAUUCUAAUUUAGAAGUAGCUACAGAAUUUGAAAAAUUUUUCACCGAGGUACCAGUAUCUACAACUAAGGAUUUAAAUUCAUCACCCUCAUCUGCUGUUACAUUAUUAAAAGAUAACGCUCCAGAGUGUUGUGGAGACCUUCAUUUUGAACAUGUUUGUACCUCAGAUGUAAUAAAGGCGUUUAAAUCAAUUAACGUCAAAAAAACUAGUGACCUCUGGGGAGUCUCUGUCCAUGAUGUCAAAUCCUUAGUAGAAAUUGUAGCGCCUGACUUGGUAGUUAUAUUUAACAACAGUGUUGAUUGCGGCGAGUUUCCUGAUCUAAUGAAACAUAGUAAAGUAAUUCCUUUAUUUAAAUCUGGUAGCAGCUCUGACCCCACUAACUUUAGACCGAUAUCUGUGCUACCAACAUUUAGCAAGAUUUUUGAAAAAUUAGUUCUUUCUCAAUUAGUACGACAUUUUAACGUUAAUAAUUUGAUGCAUAAUAAGCAGUUUGGUUUUACACGGGGUCGCUCAACAACCGAUGCUGGUGUUGAGCUAAUUAAGCAUA